UAUUUUCCCCCUUGCAGGAUAUCAAUUGUUCUACCUUAUUCAGAAGACUCUUUUAGCUUCCUGGUAGACUUUUGCUCCGGCUUUUCUUCUCUCUGUGUGUGUGUGUGCUUGUCUAUUUCUUCCGGAGUGAUCUUCACCUUCCGGGUUCGGACCAUUGUUCGUGGGUGGACAGCAUGGGGAACGCAAGCAGUGCGAGACACAACUCCUCCGAACACCCGCUGACCAUGCAGGCCCGGAGCCGAGAGGAAAUUGACGCUGCGACCCGACACGGGGACCAUCAGAAGGACCAUUGCAAAGGCAACAGGCCCAAACACAAGAAGCGCCCUUUUUGGUACACGCAUACUUCCGCCUCCGAGGGGGCGAUGUUGGGCGGCGGUCAGGAAUGCCCCGCGGCGGCGACUGUGACCAACUUGUUUCUCUUCAAGAACGAAAAGGAGCAAUAUCGCAAGGCUACACUGGUGGGCUCAUUCAACAAUUGGGAGAAGAUCCCCAUGAGGAAAUGCGGCGAGGAAUUUGCAGUGUCCGUGCAGCUGGGCGUUGGGUCCUACGAGUACAAAUUCCUGGUGGACGGCCGCUGGCGAUUGCAAAACGGGUGUUUGGCGGACGAAGGAGAAGUUGACAAGAUCACUGUCUGCGAGUCGGAUUUCGACGCGGAUUUGGCACUGGACGAUGACGAGAAGCAUUGUCCCGACGGCGACACCAGCGCCACUGAACCGCAUGCGAGCUGGGGCCAAAUCAUCCCACCGUAUAACAGUCAUCAUUCCUCCAGUAAACACCCGGUCAUGAUUCCAGGGAGUUUGGCGAAUCCAGUACUAAAUCAACAGAUGCCGUGUUCGGCGCAUCCUGAAUUCGUGGCAGAGCCGACGAACCAUACCAUCAUGCGACACCUAUAUUCACUGACAAUACACGACGCCGUCAUGGGUCUGUCCAGCACACAUAGGUAUCGCAACAAGUUCGUCACCACAAUCCUGUACAAGCCCUUCGAGCCGCUUGGCAAUAACUCGCACAAACACGCGACGACGUCGGCGGAAGUUCCUGCCUGUUAAACGAAUUUGAGGCUAUUUUUUUCUGAAACGAAAAAAAAAAUUGGGCCCCAACUCUCUUGUGAAUUAUUUUAGCGUUGGAAAGAAAAAGAAGUUCCGGGAGGACUGAGGGAAUCCCACUCAUUGCUGCAAACGAAAUUUUGCAUGUAUUUUUGUGAUGAGUCAUGAUUGCUUGCAUUUGGCGUUGGAUUGCAAAAAAAUGGCAGAAAAGACAUGGUUCUUAUGGUCUCUUAAUACUGAAUUUGGUGGUCAAGUGAUUGAAACUUCUUUUCGGGGGGGACGAAAAUUCGAGCUAAUCAUGCUUUUUUUCUGAAGAACUCAGCUGAUUCACGAAUCACUGAAAAUGUCCUUUUGGAACUGUACAAUAAAGAAAGUGCCAGUCUUAAA